CGGGCCAGCGAGUGGUCUCGUGCACGGUGCACCUCAUGCGAUCCGCGCGCAGUUAGUAAAAUUCAGCACAUGUACAAUAUUCGUGCAUUUCGCUGAUCGAAAUCUACCGGGGAGUAAGGAGAGGGUGUGCAGGCGGCAUUUCAUUACUCUCCACCAUCGGGAAGUGAUCAAACAUUGUUGUGCGUGGUUGCGAAGGGGUUGAUUAAGGCGCUCUUUGGCUCCUCGUUACAUAUUGUUCGCUAAUAGUUCGGUGGCUGGCGGUAGGCGCGCACACAAAAGCCACGCGCGCAAACGGGCACACUGACACACCGGCCACGGAAUGAUUCGCUCGCGUGAUUGAAUGCAUUGCGCUGCGGCUCCAGGAAUUCUGGCUCGGCUGGCUGCAAUGACGAGGCGCCUCGCUGUGCAGUCCAAUGCUUAGGCACGCGUGUGUCUCGCGGCAAAGCGCAGACGACAGAGUGUCGCAAAAAGCGGCCGCAGCAGACGCGGGGAAAUUUCCAGUUCGUGUAUCAUUUACAAGCCACCACAUAACCACGUUUGAAAGUCCCAUUAUUGAAUGAGCUAAAGGAUUUUUGAUGACAAAUUAAAAAUUUCUUUUGUGAAACUGAAUUAAGUUAAAAAAAAUCGCAUUACUCUUUUAAAUAGAUAUUGCAAUAUAUGUUAUUUGUAUGAUGGCUUAAAUGAAAUUAUACUUUAAAUUCAACGUGACAAUUAAAAAAUAUAGUACGAAUGCUAAAACAUUUAAUUUACAAAUGCUUUUAAAUUUUCAUAUUUAAUGUAAUUUAUAGUAUUGAUCCUAGCAAAAAUAAACAAGAAUAUAAUAUAGAUCAGAAUAUUACCUUCUAUAAAAUGCAACCUUGGUUCCCAUGGGGUUUUCCGUUCAUCGUCAACAUGUUGUGCAUCCGGUGUGCAACCAUUCGGUCUAGUAAAACUAGCACAAACCGUGGUGUACUUGGCAGUCGGCUUUACCAAAAAUGAAGCUAAAAUGAAGGUGUUAAUUUUAAUUCUGGCAUUAGCUUAUAUUGGAUUGGCAUUUUCAAAUUUUAUAAAGGAGCUAGCCAGUAUUUCAGAUCAGCCGAGCAAAAUUCUGAUUGAAUCUGAUAUCGAAGCGAGAAUCCACUCUCGCGUUCGUCGGCAAGAAGUGACGAUUGCAGCUCCAGUGGCAUUGAGUCCUGCUCCGUUUGGUUUCGCUUGCUCAACUGCAUUAUUUAGACGGAUGGACCAGUGCUGUAAAGUGCCCCAACUGUACCCAGAUAACAUAAACGCCAUUUGUACGCCGCAGCAAACAGUACUUAGGAAGACGAUUCCAGUUUUUCGAGGCAUCUUUAGCGCUUUCUUCCCUGUUAGCGUUAGAAGAUGGACACUUAGGAAAAAUCUAUCAGCGAAAAACAGCACAAUCAAAUCCAGCAUAGAAGAUAUUUGUAGGGUCCACUGCAUUUUUAAGCAGCAGCGUUGGCUUGCGCCGGAGAAUUACAUCGACGAAAACCUUUUUUACCAGCAACUGGCCGUUUUAAUUCCUAGCGGACCGUAUAACACGCUUUUAUUCAACGCAAGAACUGAAUGCUCCUCUAUUCAAACAUACGGAGACCCAUUAGCUCACGUGAACAACACCAUGGGACAAAAAUGUCUUCUGAGCCCAUUUAGACUUUUGAGAUGCGUGAAACGAUCCAUGAUGCUGGCCUACAACACAUGUCCUGGACAGUUGAAUACUGGACAAACGUGCGAGCUAGCCAAAGUUGAGCUAAGGAAUUGUGAUAUUUUCUCACUGUGAAAAUAAAUCUAUCGAUCGAAACAAAGAUUUUGCUCUUUAUAUUCUGUCAACUUUUGCUUGUAAAUAAAAAAUUAAAGUUGCGAGUCAACGU